UGCCAGGGUUUUCAAAGCUUUAGCUUGAUCGUUGAAUAUUUGAUGAAGCAUUUGAAGCCAACGGGGAAGACACAAAACCUAUAUGGCUUCCCUUGGGCUUUCAUGGCUUGGGCAUUUGAAGCCAUUCCUCACCUCAGGCAUCAAGUCAAGGAAUACUCCGAAGAAGUUACCUAUCCAAGAAUUCUUAGAUGGCUCACUGCCAGGAACAACACAAAAUUGAGUGUUGACCUUUUCAACCCCCCUAAGGAAGCUGUUGUGAACCCAUGGCUUGUCCCAACAAUAAGAGAGUUGGAGAUGCCAUGCCUUGUCACCUUUUUGCCCAAAGAAUCAGGCUCGAUGUAUUGAUUGAUGGGUUCAAAGGGGAAUUAGCUG